AUGAUUUUGGAUGAUUUCGCUGAAAUUGACAAUGAAAUAAUUAAUUUUUUAAAUGAUUAAAUUUUGAUACCUAUAAUUGAGAAUACUGCAAAAACACUAAAACAAUUAUCUGAUAAUGCAAAACCAAUAGAUGAAGCAUAAGUAAUCUUAUUAAUUUAAUUAGAAAUAAAUUGUUAUUUUUGAAUAAUAAAACUAAUAGAAUUUAUAAAAUGAAGAAAUUACUAAAAGAAUAUAAUGUGUAAAUAAUUUGAUAUUAUAAUUUAGAAAGUCUUAAAUUAAAAAAGUGUAGAAUCUUAAACUUAAUUUUAAUAUGAUUUAAUUAUGCAAAUAGAAGAAAAAGAAGAUUGUUGGUGUAUGCUAUUUAACAAAGAUGAAACUUUGUUAGUAACAUGUCAUGAUUCAAAGAAAAUAAAGAUUUAUGAAUUUAUUGAAAAAAAAUUAAAAUUACUUUAAAUUUUGGAAAGUCAUACAUCAAAAUUAUUUGCUAUCUAAAUCCAUAAUAUUACAAAUUAGAUUAUUAUAAGUGAUGAUAAAUCCAUUUUAAUUUGGAAUUAUUAACAAGAAGAGAAAAAGUGGAGUUAAGGAUAAAUUUUAUAACAACAUGAUGAUUCCAUUAAUUGUUUAAUAAGUAAUUAAGAAGAAACCAUGUUAAUAAGUGGUGGAGAUGACUGUAAAAUAAAUUAUUGGUGUAAAUAAGAAGAUAAUGCUAUGUUAUGGAUGCUUUAAGGUUCAAUAGUUGUUCAUAAAACUAAAAUACUUAGUUUAAGUAUGAAUGAGAAAUAAGAUUAUUUGAUUUCUUCAGAAUAUGAUAACAAAAUAGUUAUUUGCAAAUUGUAACAAAAUAAGUAAUGGUUACAUAUUUAAAUAAUUUAAUUAGAUACUCGCUGUUGGAGAAUUAGUUUUAUUAUAAAUAAUUUAUUUAUAGUCUAAUAAGAAAAUGGAAUAUUGAAAACAUUUUAUUAAUAGAAUAUCAAUUAAGAAUUUUUAUUACAUUAAUAACUCAAGAUAAGUGAAUAAUAAAGUUGUUAAUAUUGGUUUCCACUUGUUUAUAAUAAGAAAUAUUAAAUACUAUUAAAUAAGCAUCAUAAUUCAAUUUAUUUUAUGAGAGAAUAAAAUAAUAUUUUAACUGGAGAAUUGAGUAUUUGCUUUGAAGAAUAAGAUAUUUGGGGAACCUUAUCAAAUAAUUCAGAAUACUUAGCCACAUGGGAUGCUAAAUCUAAAUAAAUAUAAAUUAGAAAAUAAAAAUGA